AUGUCACAGCUGUUCAUGGAUAUUAUCAUGAACUUUUCUGAUAAAAUCCUCAGCGGUGUGGGUAAAAUCAUCGCCCAGAAACAGUUUUCGCCAAGUGAUGCUUUGCUCUCAGAAGAUGCCGUGAAAGACGCCCUGAACGCUGUCCUCCGAACCAGCUUUAAGACCAGUUCUGCUGAUGAGUAUUAUGCACUUGAGAAGGUCCAUGAGCAGAUAAGCGCAGAGGUGACCGACACUGUCAACUCGGUUCUGAGUCGCAUGGGAUCUCCUGGAAGCAAACUGACGGUAGACAAAGAACAAGGCUACACCCCGUCCAGAUACAAUCUCCUCAGUAUUGUCUCCAAUGCCCAGAAAUUCAUGCAAUGCUGUUGGCCAUGCAGGACAAAUAUUCCAGGUGAGGAGAAGCCAGUGGACAAAGAGCUACAAGAGAGGGCCAAACAUCUAAAAGUCAGAAAUGAACUCCGACGGAACGGGCUGGGAGUGGCCGAAUCUGUGGAGACUGCAAACCUGUCUCAGCACGGUGCCUCUGGGAUUUCGAGUUUUGUUACAGAGAUCAAACCCAGAUCCGACUCUGCAACCAGUGAGACACAAGAAACACAAGUGGAAGAGGAGUCCUGCUUUAACUAG